GGCAGAGUUUCAACUGAAAUAACUUAAUUGAUUAGACUGAUAAACUCUGAUGUGUCGGACUUGUGUAAAUAUGUUAAAAUCUUAGUAAACAGUUCAUUUAUUGUUCAGGCUUUGGUUACAUUACCGUCGUUGUCCGCCGAGGGCAGCAGACAUCAUGCGCCUUUUCAUGAAACCACACCCACCCACUUACGUCAUGACCAGCCGACUGCGCAUGAACCGGCACAGUCUACGGUACCGCAGACUGGAGAAACAGUAAUCGAAAGCCGUUGACUGGGACUGGCCGUUAGUUCGGUGGCUGUCCGCCUGUCAGGACACCGGGGUCGUAGCUGCUGUUUGAGACUGUCCAGAAGACAGGGGUGCAGAAGCGCUCUCAUUCUGGAGGAGCCGGGUUAAGGUAGCGGAGCUUCUCAUCGGAGAGUCGGUGUGUCCAGUAAAAUGUUAUAAGCGGAGCGGAGAGCACCGAGCUCCCCGCUGAUUCACACCGAUCGCCCGUUAAACCUCACCGAGUGUCCCCUCACGGAAACUGAGGUUAACCAGCAGCUACUGACCUGUCAUUAACUGGCUCGCUGCUACCAUUAGCAGCCAGGCUACAUGCUAACAGGCUACCAUCAAGAACCUGCUCAGCAGCGUCAGCCCACGGUCACACCGUGUCCCGUUACUGUUGUUAUGGAUCGGUUAACGGCCAUCAUGUUGUCGUCCUGGUAAACGGAACUACACCCUAUAGUUAGCUGCUAGGCGCGGAGCUAACAGUUAGCUGUGGAACAUCUGGCUGCAGCUAGCGCUCCCUCGUAGCGGCCGAGGAUGGUCGCAGUGACGGCAGCUGCUCCGGAGGAACAGCCUGUGUCCGCUGGAUGUUCUGAGGAUCCCCGCUUCACCCGCACUGCUGGACCCGGACAGACCUUCACGGUGUUCAUGUAAACAGGUGAACCGCUACGGUGCUCAGGCCCUGCACACCCCACAGCAGCAGCCAUGCAGGCGGCCCAGCUGCAGUACGACUUCUUCAGCGAGGAAAACAGUCCGAAAUGGAGAGGCCUGCUGGUGUCUUCACUGGAGAAGGUACUGAACCAGGUGCAUCCUAACCUGGUGUCCCAGCAGGAGGCGCUCCAGUACAUCGAGGAGCUGAUCCUGCUCCUGCUUAGCAUGUUGUGCCAGGCUCAACCACGCACUGUGCAGGAUGUCGAGGAGCGAGUUCAGAAGAGUUUCCCUCAUCCGAUUGAUAAGUGGGCAAUUGCUGACGCUCAAGCAGCCAUCGAGAAGAGGAAGAGAAGGAACCCGCUGGCUCUGCCGGUUGACAAGAUCCACCCACUGCUCAAGGAGGUGCUGGGGUAUAAGAUUGACCACCAGGUGUCAGUAUACAUGGUGGCAGUGUUGGAGUACAUCUCUGCCGACAUCCUGAAACUGGCCGGGAACUACGUGAGGAACAUCCGUCACUAUGAGAUCUCGCAGCAGGACAUCACCGUGGCCAUGUGUGCUGACAAGGUGUUGAUGGACAUGUUCCACCAGGAUGAGGAGGACAUCAGUGGCUUCCCUCUGAUGGAUGAGGAGCCGUCAGCCAAUGAGGAGCAGAGUUACUAUGAGCUGGUGCGGAGCUUCAUGUCGGACGGUCGACAGUACUUAAGACAGCUCAACCUGCUCAUCAAGGUGUUCAGGGAGCCCUUCACCUCCAGCUCCAUGCUCUUCUCUCAGCAUGAUGUGGACAGUAUCUUCAGUCGGAUUGUUGAUAUACACGAGGUGACUGUGAAGCUGUUGGGUCUGCUCGAGGACACGGUGGAGAUGACAGAUGAAGGAAGUCCCCAUCCUCUGGUGGGAAGCUGCUUUGAGGACCUGGCUGAGGAGUUGGCCUUUGACCCCUAUGAGACGUACGCUCAGGACAUCCUGCGCUCUGGUUUCCACGAACACUUCCUCAGUCAGGUUUCUAAACCCGGAGCUGCUUUCCACCUACAGUCCAUCUGUGAAGGUUUUAAAGAGGCGGUUCAGUAUGUUUUGCCCAGGCUGCUGCUCACUCCUGUUUACCACUGUCUGCACCUGUUUGAGAUCAUCAAGCAACUGGAGGAAAAGAGUGAGGAUGACGAGGAUAAAGAGUGUCUGAAACAGGCCAUCACAGCUCUGCUCAACCUGCAGAGCAGCAUGGAGAGGAUCUGCUCCAGGAGCCUCGCCAAGAGGAGGCUCAGCGAGUCAGCGUGUCGUUUCUACAGCCAUCAGAUGAAGGGGAAGCACCUGGCCAUCAAGAAGAUGAACGAGAUCCAGAAGAACAUUGAUGGCUGGGAGGGGAAGGACAUUGGCCAAUGCUGCAACGAGUUCAUCAUGGAGGGCACACUGACCCGCAUCGGUGCCAAACACGAGCGCCACAUCUUCCUGUUUGAUGGCCUGAUGAUCUGCUGCAAAUCCAACCACUGCCCACCACGGCUCACCGGUACUAGCUCCACUGCAGAGUACCGGCUCAAAGAGAAGUUCUUCAUGCGUAAAGUGCAGAUCAACGACAAGGAUGACAAGGAAGGUGAGUACCGGCAUGCCUUUGAGAUCAUCCUGAAGGACGGGAACAGUGUGGUGUUUGCCGCCAAGUCUGCCGAGGAGAAGAACAGCUGGAUGGCGGCACUGAUCUCGCUGCAGUACCGCAGCACGCUUGAGCGCAUGCUGGACUCAGCCAUGCUGCAGGAGGAGAAGGAGGAGCAGAUGAGACUGCCAGGGGCUGAGGUGUAUCGGUUCGCUGAGCCGGACUCGGAGGAGAAUGUCGUGUUCGAGGAGAAUGUCCAGUCUAAGUCUGGGAUCCCCAUCAUCAAAGCAGGGACAGUCCUGAAACUGAUUGAGAGGCUCACCUUCCACAUGUAUGCAGAUCCAAACUUUGUCCGAACAUUUCUGACUACCUACAGAUCUUUCUGUAAACCUCAGGAGCUGCUGGACCUGCUUAUGGAGAGGUUUGAGAUCCCGGAGCCGAGGCCCAGCGAACAGGAUCAGAUGGAAGGAGGAGAGCAGCCGCUCAGCGCUGAACUCAAACGAUUCCGCAAAGAGUUUGUUCAGCCGGUCCAGCUCAGAGUGUUGAAUGUGUGUCGUCACUGGGUGGAGCAUCACUUCUACGACUUUGAGAGAGAUGUUCACCUGCUGAGACGACUGGAAGAGUUCAUCGCCUCUGUCAGAGGUAAGGCAAUGAGGAAGUGGGUGGAGUCGAUCAUUAAGAUCAUCCAAAGGAAAAAGCAAGUGCAGGUGAGCAUGCCCAGUCACAGCAUCACCUUCCAGAACUCCCCUCCUCCAACCGAAUGGCACAUCUGUAAACCAGGAAACACAGAGCAGUUUGACCUCAUGACGCUGCACCCCAUCGAGAUCGCCCGCCAGCUCACCCUGCUCGAAUCUGACUUUUACAGGGCGGUGCAGCCGUCAGAGCUGGUCGGCAGCGUCUGGACCAAAGAGGACAAAGAGAUUCACUCUCCCAACCUGUUGAGGAUGAUCCGACACACCACCAACCUCACCCUGUGGUUUGAAAAGUGUAUCGUAGAAACGGAGAACCUGGAGGAGCGAGUGGCAGUUGUUUCUCGGAUCAUCGAGAUCCUGCAGGUUUUUCAGGAACUCAACAACUUUAAUGGAGUUCUGGAGGUUGUCAGUGCCAUGAACUCCUCACCAGUCUACAGACUGGACCACACCUUCGAGCAAAUUCCAAGUCGGCAGAGAAAAAUCCUGGAGGAAGCUCAUGAGCUCAGUGAGGAUCACUACAAGAAGUAUUUAGCCAAACUGCGCUCCAUCAACCCCCCCUGUGUCCCCUUCUUUGGUAUCUACCUGACCAACAUUCUGAAGACUGAGGAGGGAAACCCGGACUUCCUGCGGAGACAUGGUAAAGAUCUGAUCAACUUCAGCAAGAGACGGAAAGUGGCUGAAAUCACCGGAGAGAUCCAACAAUACCAGAACCAGCCAUACUGUCUGAGGGUGGAGAACGACAUCAGGAAGUUCUUUGAGAGCCUGAACCCAAUGGGGGACAUGUCGGAGAAGGACUUCGCUGAUCAUCUCUUCAACAAAUCUCUGGAGAUCGAACCUCGAAACGCCCGAUCAUUACCUCGGUUUAUGAAGAAGUACACCUGUCCUCUGAAGUCUCCAGGGAUCCGUCCCACCUCAGCGAGGCCUGGCAGCAUGCGACACCCAACGCCACUGCAGAAUGAGCCCAGGAAGAUCAGCUACAGCCGCAUCCCCGACAGCGAGACUGAGGGAGGGGCUGUCUCUGCCCCCAACUCCCCCCGCACCCCACUGACACCGCCGCCCGCCUCCGCUGCCUCCAGUUCCACUGACGUAGGCAGCGUCUUUGACUCGCCACAGGGUCCCAGCAGUCCCUUUCACUCCACCUGUGACAGUAUCUUUGCUGCAGUGUCUCUGCCUCACGGUCCACGGUCAUCCUCGGUCUCCUCCAUGGUGAGUUUCAGUCGGGGUUCAGAGGAUGCUUCUGUUCCUCCUCCUGUUCCUCCUCGCAGACGACCAGAGUCGGCUCCUGCUGAGUCCUCCCCCUCAAAGAUGAUGUCGAAGUUGGACAGCCCCCCAGCGGUCCCCCCUCGUCAGCCCACCUGUAAGCUCCUCCCCCCUCGUUACUCCUCAUCGUUGUCAUCAUCCUCUGCAGGCAUGCAGACGCUGUGUGUAAUGGCUUUCUCAGGAUAG